CUCUUCUUCUCUGACAACUUUUUUGCCUAAAAUUACCAUUAAUAUGGCAGAUAUUGAACACUUCGUGGUUGAUUGCGAUGCGGUUUCACUUAAGGUGUGUUUGUGUGCCGUUGGCGCUGCUCCACAGACGGAAAUUUGGCGUCGAAAUGUUCUUUCUUUCUGGUCGAAAAUCACGUGACCUCCACGCGAUUCUUGCCGUUUGGUAAAGAUGGCGGCGGCUGGUUAGAAAACAAGCGAAGCGAAGGGGCAACAUCCUUCAAAACCGCCGCGACACUCGAGCUCCCUGGAUAAUCGUUGAAUGAUGGAUCCAGGACAAGACUUGCUCCUUGCAGCUCUUAGCGAAAGUGGAAUCUGUCCAAAUGACCUUUUUGACAUUGAUUCUCAGGACACUGUUCAGUCCCCUGCCUCUCAACAGUCAGUUUCCAAGAAUGUCCUUGACAUUGGUCUUGGUAGUGAAGCAGCUGGAAUUGUUGGAAUUGAACCCGCUGUGCCACCCACACCUACAGUCACAAUACGACAGAAGCCUCAGCCCUCAACCACCACGUUUGUCUUAAAUCAACUGAAUCAACUGCCAUCAUUGGGAACCAUUGUGGUCACAAAGCCCUCAAUGGGGACCUCCUCCAGACAGACUAUCACAGUAACCAAGGUGGUGCAGACGCCAUCGUCAGCUCAACGAAGCUCGUCCUCAUCCUCCACUACUGCCACCAUGUGCAGUGUGGCCCCACCGAAUCGAGAGCAGGUUAAGCUGAAGGACCUGCUCCGGACCAGCAGUGUGAAGACGAACAGCCUUGGUGAACUUAUGAAGCUGAAGCCUCCACCUGAUAUUGCUCAGCCUGUUGCUACAGCUACAGGAACCAAGAUUAUUUUGCUCUCCACAAAGUUGAUGAAUAAGCCAGUGGAGGUAAACAAUGGUGUGAAGAAGGAGGUGUCGAGCAAAGAUGUCGCUAGAAUCUGGGCCAAUGAAGAAAUCAAAAUGCGAAGCUUUUCACCUGUGAAUUUACCUGGAAUGAAGGAGGAGGAGGAGCCAGAGGAGGAAGAGGAGGAGGAGUUGGGACACGCAGAAACAUAUGCUGAAUACAUGCCAAUGAAAUUGAAAAUAGGAGAGCGACAUCCUGAUCCUGUGGUAGAGACCAGUUCCCUCUCAAGUGUCAACCCACCUAAUGUGUGGUACAGGCUUUCCGUUCCAGAGGAGACGAUCGACAGAGGCUGGCUAUCUGCUCUUCAGCUUGAAGCCAUUACAUAUGCUUGUCAGCAACAUGAGACAUUCCUUCCAAAUGGAGACAGAGCAGCUUACCUGAUCGGUGAUGGUGCUGGUGUUGGAAAGGGAAGAACUAUUGCUGGAAUCAUAUAUGAAAACUACCUUCUGGGCAGGAAAAGAUCUCUCUGGUUUAGUGUAUCGAACGACUUGAAGUAUGAUGCAGAAAGGGACUUGAGAGAUAUUGGUGCAAAGAACAUCCAGGUCCAUUCUUUAAACAAGUUCAAAUAUGGAAAAAUCUCCUCAAAACACAAUGGAAGUGUGAAAAAAGGUGUGAUCUUUGCUACAUACUCAUCCCUGAUUGGAGAAAGCCAAACAGGUGGAAAGUAUAAGACAAGAUUCAAACAAUUACUCCAUUGGUGUGGGGAUGAUUUUGAUGGUGUGAUAAUCUUUGAUGAAUGUCACAAAGCCAAAAAUGUUUGCCCAAUUGGGUCAUCAAAGCCUACAAAGACUGGACUGGCUGUUCUCGAGCUGCAGAACAAACUGCCAAAAGCACGUGUUGUCUAUGCCAGUGCUACAGGAGCCUCUGAGCCUCGGAACAUGGCUUACAUGAAUCGUCUUGGGAUCUGGGGGGAAGGAACGCCUUUCAAAGAAUUUUCUAAUUUUAUUCAAGCUGUUGAAAGGAGAGGUGUUGGUGCCAUGGAGAUUGUUGCCAUGGAUAUGAAAUUGAGAGGAAUGUACAUUGCUCGACAGCUGAGCUUUCAGGGUGUGACAUUUAAGAUUGAAGAAGUCCCUCUGACACAAAACUACAUCAAAAUGUAUAACAAGUCAGUCCGUCUGUGGGUGAGCGCGCGGGAGAAAUUCCAACAAGCAGCUAAUUUGAUGGAUGCCGAACAGCGCAUGAAAAAGUCAAUGUGGGGACAGUUCUGGUCUGCACAUCAGAGAUUCUUUAAGUACCUGUGUAUCGCCUCAAAGGUGCGCCGAGUGGUGCAGCUUGCCCGAGAGGAAGUUAAGAAUGGAAAGUGUGUGGUCAUUGGCCUGCAGUCAACGGGUGAAGCUCGAACCCUUGAGGCUUUGGAGGAAGGUGGAGGCGAGCUCAAUGACUUUGUCUCUACUGCAAAGGGUGUCCUGCAGUCCCUGGUAGAGAAGCACUUCCCUGCCCCAGACAGACAGAAGCUCUUCAGCUUGCUGGGUAUUGAUCUGUCUGCAAAGAAAACACCUUCACCAGCAGAAACUAAGGAGGAGCAGAAGGGCAAGAAGAGGAAAGGUGCAGAAGUUAAAAAAGGAGCAAAGAAAUCCCGUAAAUCUGGAGGGCUUUCAGGCAGCAGUUCAGAUGAGAGCAAUUCCGAAGACUCCGACAAAGACGAGGACACUGAUGACAGCUUUGACUCAGUCAGCUCAGGAGAUGAUGACGAAGAUGACUUCAACCCCUUCAAGGACGAUUCCAGUGAAGAUGAAGAAGACGAUCCUUGGCUAAUCCGUAAAGACUCUAAAAAGAGUAAGGAAAAGAAGAACAAGAAGAAGAAAAAGACCAUAGAUCCAGAUUCCAUUCAAAGUGCCUUGUUAGCCUCUGGGCUUGGUUCGACUAGACCUGCUUUCACAACACCUAUUGUAAAAUCUACGUCCAACAACACUGUUGCUCCUGCUAAAAGUGAGCCUGAAGAAAGUAGCUGUGUGACCAGUAAUGAUGCCGUGGAGGAUGCCCAGCAGAUGAAAAGGGAGCUGCUGGAGCAGCUAGAGAAACUGGCUGAGGAUCUGCCACCAAACACACUGGAUGAGCUUAUUGAUGAGUUGGGAGGGCCUGAAAAUGUGGCAGAGAUGACCGGACGCAAAGGAAGAGUAGUCAGCAAUGACGAUGGCAGCAUCUCGUACGAAUCAAGAUCAGAACUGGAUGUUCCUGUAGAAAUUCUGAACCUUACAGAGAAACAGAGGUUCAUGGAUGGAGAGAAGAACAUUGCUAUAAUUUCUGAGGCGGCCAGCUCUGGUAUUUCACUUCAAGCAGACCGUAGAGUGAAGAACCAGAGGAGAAGGGUGCACAUGACUUUAGAGCUGCCAUGGAGUGCAGACCGGGCUAUUCAGCAGUUCGGUAGAACACACCGGUCUAACCAGGUCACUGCUCCCGAGUAUGUAUUCCUGAUAUCUGAACUUGCCGGAGAACAAAGAUUUGCCUCCAUUGUUGCCAAAAGACUAGAGAGCUUGGGAGCUCUCACGCAUGGAGACCGAAGAGCCACAGAGACGAGGGACCUCAGUCGAUUCAACUUUGACAACAAAUAUGGCAGAAAUGCACUUGAGAUUGUUAUGAAGUCCAUUGUCAAUUUGGAUGCUCCUUUGGUCUCUCCACCGUCUUAUUUCGAAGGGGAUUUCUUUAAAGAAAUUCGCAAUGGUUUGAUUGGUGUGGGGCUGAUUAAUGUGGAAGAUAGGUCUGGUGUUCUCUCACUGGAUAAGGACUACAACAACAUUGGAAAAUUCUUAAACCGGAUCCUCGGCAUGGAGGUCCAGCAGCAGAACGCCCUCUUCCAGUAUUUCUCUGACACUUUGAAUGCUGUUGUUCAAAAUGCUAAAAAGAAUGGCAGAUAUGACAUGGGAAUUCUGGAUUUGGGCUCUGGGGAUGAGAAGGUUAAAAAGAUGGAUGCGAAAAAGUUCUUGACACCAGGUUACUCCACAUCGGGCCAUGUUGAACUUUAUACAGUUAGUGUGGAGAGGGGUAUGUCAUGGGAGGACGCUACCCAUAUCUGGGCAGAACAGAGCGGACCAGACGACGGCUUCUACGUGCAGGUACGGAAUAACAAGAAAAUAGCCAUAAUGGUCAAGGAAGUCAACACCAAAAAGAGGCUCUUCAUGGUGUACAGACCAAAUACAGGAAAACAGCUCAAACUGGAGACAUACGCAGAUAUAAGAAAGCGAUGCAAAAAGGUUCUUUCAGACGAGGCAAAGCAGUGCUGGAUUGAUCAGUACAAGUCUUCAGCGGAUGUUUGCUCGCAUGCCUAUUGGCGUGGGAACUGUAAGAAGGUAUCGGUGGGGCUGCAGUGUGAGAUAGGGUUGCGUUGCCGGACAUACUUUGUCCUAUGUGGCUCUGUCCUCAGCGUGUGGACCAAAGUUGAGGGUGUCUUGGCCUCUGUCAGCGGAAGCAACAUGAAGAUGCAGAUUGUCCGUUUAAGAACUGAGGAUGGACAACGUAUAGUAGGUCUGAUCAUUCCAGCAAACUGCGUGGCUCCCCUCACCAACAUCCUAUCCUCGUCAGACCAAUCGCAGCAGCUGGCUGUACAACAGCAGCAGAUGUGGCAGCAGCUGCAUCCACAGAGCCUCAGCCACUCGUUCAAUACAUAGCAAAACCCAGUGGGCCAACAGCAGACACGGGACCCCAACAGUGCAUCAUGAGCCUUCCUCCCUGCCACCAUGCUAUGAGGAAGCUUGCCCUUGUGUGGAUAGAGGCUUGCUGGACUACUGACUCAAAAGCUCUAAAGCCUCCCAUGUUGAAGUAGUGUGAAGAUGUGUUGGGAGAAUACAAUAUUGUUCAGGCUUUAUUAUCCCCCCUUUCCCCCUUCUCUGCUGGUGUUCAACCCUUUUUAUUCUUUAAACCUGCAAAGUCACUCUCAUGUUUGAUACAGGUCAUGCUCAGGGGUUCAGUGUCACAGCAGUUCUUUUCCGGGCCUCGAGAAACAAAGCAUGGUUUGCCCUGGAUUUGGACCCCAUACUGUUUAGCUAUUGACUGACUGACUGUCUAUUCCAUCAUUUUUGCACUGAUGUACAGCUUGGCUAAAGAUUAAAUGUAGACUCCUUCCCCCCCAAAAUGUAAUUGAUCAGCUAAGUUUGUUGACUGUUUUGCUUUAGCUUUGUCCUGGAGUUAUGAGCCUAAUAUAGACAAGCUGUGGAAAUAUGGGUGAUCCAGAAAAGAUGCUCAGCAGAGCUCUAGUGCAAACCAGCUAGCCGUCUUAGCUGAUGAGUUACAUGUGGGUAAAAUUGUGUCUGUAUUUUCUUGGCCAAACUAUUUCUUUAAGGCUUUAAGAACAUCCCAGUGUGCACUAAUAUCCUAUUUGUGUCCAAAGAAAUAAGGUUUCUGAGGUUCCACUAUAACUUGUAUGAAGAAUACUCCUUUCCACAUGUAUUUUAGUUCAUAACAGGAUGUAGCUGUCCAAGUUCAAGGAUUACAUUGUAAACCUGCUAGUACAUCAUUCAGUUUUUUUUUUUUAAUAAAAGACCACAACUGCACAAUGAUUGACUGCAUGGUAGGAUCCUAGGGGAUCUACCUUCCCCCUCUGACAUUCUGUAGCAUGCUUGAUGCUACCAACUACAAAUCUUUUUUGAAGAGAUUUGUUGAAUGUCAUGGUGCAAAGAUGGUGGAAUACUCCUGUGAAGAUCAUUAUCUUGAUCAAGUAAUGCUCUCCUAGGGAAAGCUCUGGCUCUUCAAUGGGUAAUACAUGUAUAAUAAUACCUACCCCUUAAGACUUGUCUAGGCUCAUCAGGAACUGAUGCUGCAUGGUUGAAUGCAUACCUAGCUUCUUUAUUUUGUCUAUUUAUCAAAGAAGUCAAUGUCUUGAGAGGGUCAGUUUAUUUUUCUCCUUUGCUCCGUUUUUGUAUAUUUGAGAACAAGGUUGUUGUAUGAACAUUGUUUAUAAACUGGAAUCUGCUCAUUGGAAAGCCACAUGGAUAUUGGCCAGCUUUUAAUUAGCACAUUUCCUGCUUCUUGCUUUUAAUAUUUGAUGUCACAUGGAACAUGAUUAAAUGUGCAAAGGUGGAAGGAGUGUAAUGCCUUGUCCCACCACCUCAUCAUUCAAUGUAAAUGUUCAUCAGGUGUGAAAAUGCUAGGUUUCUCCAAUGUUUGUGUAUAGUUGCAUAUCUGAAGUUAUGUUCUGCUCAUGGUAUAGAAUAGAUGUGGGCACACUUUAGGGACAAUGUCAUUUCAGCCUUGCACGAGUUGCACUACUGAUGGAUGGAUCACAUGUACAUAAAAAAAAAAAACAACCCUAUGAACAUUGAGCUGAGUGCAAGAUCUCUACCUCUUGCAUAUGACCAAUAAAUCUUGUGGUUAACCUUGAA